GGGAGACUACCCAUGAACAAAUGUAACUGGAUUAGUCCACAAAUGCUCACUUUCCUUGCAAUUCUGAUGUAACAGGGAUCUGAUAUAACAGAACUUUUUCUCUGGUCCCACCAUCCCUGUUAUUUCAGUUUUCCACUGUAUGUUAUUAGAUGAUAGAUGACACAGGCGUGCAUUUGAACGAAUUUGCCCUUUUUUGUAUAGUGUGUAUGGUACAGUUCAGUGUAUUUUCUUGGAAUUGUUCAGGUUUUCCUUGGUAUGGCAUCAGAAAAAUGAAAAUGCCUCUCAUUUGAAACCAAGCAACUUUUGAUUAAGAAAGUCGCAUACAUUGCAAUUAUACAUUAUUGCUCAUGCCUGUAAUUAUCUCCAUAAAAACCUCAUGUUUGUUAUCAUGAACACUCGUUUGUUUUUUUAUUUGAAAACACUUGUGUUUAUGUGUUUUAAAUUUAAGUUAAAUUUUAAAGUGUCCUGGGGGAACUUCAAAAGCACUACACCACUUCAGCCUGUCGGCAAGCUAUCUAACGUCACCAGAUAUCAACCUGAUGACCAAAAGGUUAAUAGGGGCCCAUGAAGCUGUGAGGAAUCACAGGACUACAUGAUUCAAGGUCUGAGAGGUGGCCUGAGGACUGAUGAGUAUUGAGUUUAAAAACUCUCCAUCCACAGGGUCCUUGGCACAUAAUAGCCAAGUUACUGAAAUAGCAAAAGCAUUUUCAAGGGGUGAACAGGGUAUUUCUGUGGCAAUUAAAGUUUCGACUGUUGUGCUCGCUGAUGAUUUCGUGAAAGUCUAAUUAAAUAUUUAUGAUGGCCUACGUCAUGGGUGAUAGUUUCCAAAUUAAGGAUGGGAAGUAGUGAUUGUUUGAUUAUAAAGACCCUUUUCUCCUGCCUGUAGGCAAACGACCUCUAGAUACCACCACGGGCAUCGCGAAAAGUACUCACCCAUCGUUUGGACCGUGCUUCAUAUAUGCGUCAGUGUUUAACAAAUCUUUCAUUGAAACUGACAGUUGCCUGUGAUGUGAUUUUUUAAUAGAAGUUUUAUAAGCAAAGAAGUUAUAGUAUAUAUCAUUGGCUGGCCGCAAUUAUGGCUUACUGUCUGUCUGGCCACAACAAAAAUGGGGCCUCGUGUCCCCAGAGCCACCAAAUGCCAAAUGUGGGCACACAUGCGCUUGCACACACACACACAUAAACAAACACUCGUACACAUGACAUUUAAGGACUGGGCUUUCCUCUGAACGAAAAAAAUCUUGCCUUUGAACUCAACCCAUGCCUAUUUCCUAACCCCACCAUUUUGAUCCACCCACUGCAACUAGAAGCAAGGUAUUUUUUUGCUUAUAUUGAAGAAGUGGUAGACUUCUAGUAGCAGAAAGCACCAGGAAUUGUUGAAAUAUUCAGUAUUAAUUUAAUAGGAAAUUAAUAAUAAAUUUUAAUCUUCAGUAUAGAGCAGGGAAAUGGGUACUGACAUCCAGACAUGUGGAUUAGAAUUUCAUUAAAAAAAAGCAUUCAUUCAUCCCUCCAUCCAUCCAUCAUUGUAUCCCCAGGUGAUGAAUUUACCAAGUAUGUGUGCUAGUCCGAAGGCACUCGCUCUGAUGACAAAGUAUUUCCAUGAGCUGAUUGGGACGUCUUUCUGUGAUGGCAAGUGAAAAGGGCUCAUCUGCAGUCAACUGGGAAGCUCUAGGUAUCCUGACAUGUGAACGAUGUCACCUGAAAACAAGUGACAAGACGCUCCUACAGUUCCACAACUGCAGGAUCAGCAAACGAAAAGUUUCAUCUUCCAGUCAUGUCAGCAGAACAGCUCCUUGUACAGAAGCUGUUGUCGCAAAUACUGCUUCGUCCUCGAACACAGUGCCAUUGGCAGUUAGUAGAGAAAAGCCAGGGUCUAGUGCAGGAGUUACAUCUGUAACUCUCCCACGAGUCACAGCUGUCGUUCAAUACAACCGAGCUAAAGGUACGUUUGCAUGUUCACUGUGUCGAGAAGGAUAUAACGAGCAGGAGUUCAUAGAGCAUUUACAGAGUCAUAUGUGGUUAAAACCAUAUAAGUGCAAUUAUUGUGUUGGUGAGUUUGAGACUCGUGAUGCGAUCUAUGCUCACAUAAGCACAGAACACGUUGGUGAAGAGCUCCGUGUUUGUUUGAAACUGUCCCCUAGAACUAAGGAUGUGAUAUAUGGAGCGAAAGGUAAUUCCAAGAACACCUACUUUUUCUCAGCUUUAAAAGGCAACUCAUGUAAGUCCAAAUCUGAUCUUCCACAAGAUGGAUCCCUAAGACAGUGUUCUGUUUCAAUAAACCAGUCAAGAUCAGUGGUAGGCCCACCUCAAGGCAGCCAGGAAAUAGUAACUAGUGUGAAUCAGGGAGUACCAUGUAUCAUAGUUUCAGUGGCUGUUCCUGUUGCUUCUGUUGCAGGUGUGACUCCAGGAGGAUCGUUGAUUGUGGCAUCCCCGAAACCAUCUUUGUGUUCAAUUACAAGCAUGACCACCACAUCCUCAGCCACUAUACCUCGCCUCUCGACUGCACAACCCUCAAACCCCACAUCAAUUGCUCAGAGUGGGAGCAUUUUCAGACCUCAUCAGAUGAAACCUAACGCAAACCAGCAAAUGGCUGGGGCUCAACUUCGUUUUCCAAGGGUACUGGCACCGGUACCUAGUGCAGGGAUGAAAAGUGAUACCCACAGGGUUUGUCGAUCAGUUUCUUUGAAUGAUGGUUCACUGUCACAAGCACCCGACUUGAGGAGAUCUUUAUCUGCAAGAGAAGGUAAUGUUUCUACCUCAUUGUCCACUUUGUCCAGAUCGGCAGAUUGUCCUGUUACCAGUAGAAAGGUGUCAAUGAAAUUGGUCAACAGUGCUACUGAGUCUUCAGUAGCUGCAUGUGACAAUACUUAUGGUUAUGAUCAAAUUAUGAAAGAAGGACAGGGUGCUAAAGUGAGUCAGAGCAACAAAGUAGAUAUGAAAAGCACACUGAGAGCACUUCGGGGAGUUUUCUUGUGUAUGACCUGCAAAAUCAAGUGGGCCGAUCAUCAGGUAUUACUGUUCAUUAAACAUGUGUGGGAGCACAUACAUCCUGGGACUUGCCAGUGCUCCAAUGAAUUUCCUGAAAAAAAUCCAUGUGCAAGUUUAAAAGAAGCUUUGCGAGUUAUUUUCUCUAAUUCUCUCGAAAAAAUGCCAGAUGAAGUUAAGCAGUACAUCUCUAGGGUCACAGCUGAUUCAGACAAGGAAGAUACCCCUGUUGCUAAAAAGGAAGUUGAGCCUCUUCAGACCGCUGUCACCACAGACAUCCCUGAACCGUCAAAUGAGAACCUGUGCCCAUCAAACCAUUCUGUACCAAAAGCAAGUGAGUCUUCAUUGCCUGAGAAGCAGGUUGAAAAUAACGUAUGUUCUGCUUCGCCCAUUUACUCUUCUUCAGCCCUUCCGCAUGGCAGUAAAAAGACAAUCCCAUGUCAUGUAAACAACUCUCAAGCCCAGUCAAAUGAAUCAUCAUUGCAGAAAGCUUCUUUGGGAAAUGCUCUGAUUGAUGACACCAGACCUGCUGAUGAAUUUCUCCUUGAAAGGAAUAAAGAGCCUGCUUGUGUUUCUUCAGAAAACGAAAGGUUAAUACCUCAGCUGAGCAGUGAGCAAACGUCUAAUUCUCUUACAAAUGUGUCAUCUAAAGCAGCGAAUAGACGUUGUAACAGUGAUGCAGAGAAGAGCCAGAGUGUCGAAAGUGAAAGUGAAUUGUCUUGUUUUUACAAAUGUGGGUUCUCUCAGUGUACCUUUUCAAGCUAUAAACCUAUGGAGUUAUUGUUGCAUACUUCACAGGCACAUGGGCUUGAAUCUGAGUUUCCAUGUGUUUAUUGCGGAUACAUUGGAAGUCGAGACAGUGUGCUGUUGAGCCAUAUGCAAGAACACAUUUGUGACGAGGAGAAAUCAAAGUUCAUGUACUCCUGCUCUUUGGUUUUUGAUUCAGGAGAUGUGAAGGACUUGAGGCAUCAAAGACUGGAUGUUCUGUUCAGUAUGGUAAACAGUUACAUGAUGGGUGAAUCUAGUAUGAACACAUCAUUCAAGCUAUUGUGUAAAUACUGCGAUCAGACUUUUGACGAAAUAGGAGAUCUAAAACAACACUAUGAUGACUCUCUUUUGUUGACGGUUGUGGAGUGCAGACACUGCAUGGGUUAUUUUUUAGAUUCUGCUUCUUGUAAAAGGCAUAUCUCACGUGAGCACCCAAAUUCACGUGUAUUUUAUCGCUUCAGUAAGAAGCUUCUAUGUAAGAAGAAUGAAGUAAUGGGUGCCGCUUUUGAAAAGUUCAAGAAGGCAUACAAGGAUAAAUUUGUUUCAAGAAGACAGAGCACUGGCACAGACCUCAGUGACAAUAUUGCAGUCUGUAGGAACAUUUGUAGUCCAGAUCCUAUGAGUAAGGCGCCUCAGGGGGCUUUAAAUAGGACUCCUGUUUGUAGUGAUGUGUCUGAUACCAAUUUAGUGCAACAAAAGAACUGUGAAGCAUUUAAUUACACUGACGGCCAGGCUGAAAAAAUACCGAAAGAAAAUGGUGUAUGUAACAGCACUCCUCCACUAGUUGAUUUGGAGUUGCUUGGGGUGAUACGUAAUGAAUGUGUUGAAGAUGGAGAUGGCGAGGUUUCAUCUGUAGCCAUUCAGAGCACCAGUGAUUUGAAUCAGGGUAAUAGGAUGGGGGAAACGGGGGAUACUGGUCACGAUAAAGGAACGACAAACUCUGCAGAGGUUUCAACUGUGAGAAGAUGUCCAGCACAAGAUCUAAUAUCAUCAAAUCUGGAACCAAGCAAGAACACAUCCUCUGAAGUCUGUGGACAGAAAACAAGCCUGAAACCCUCCUGGGAACUUCAUUCCGAAUGUGUGGAUGUAAUGGAAGUACCCAAUGGGGAGAAUGAGCAGGCUGUCAAAAUUCAGUCUUCAAAAAAAGUACAAAAUGAAAUUGAUGUUUCAGCAGAAUCUAGUGAUGUCCCAAUUGAAAAAAGGGACAGUACUGUUUCCAGUGUGUCUCCUCUGAAUAUUGCACUACAGGGCAAUGAUGAUCAGGGAGAAAAGGAUCCCAAUUGCCCAAGGAAAAAGCAAUCUCCAAAUACUGACAUCCAAGGAGAAAAAGGUGAUGAUCAAAAAAGGGGGGGGAAAUCCUCUGAUGCUUAUUGCCAAAAGCAAAAGGAGGAUUCCAAAAAGGAAAAACAAAGAUCUAUAGUUUCUGAAUGUGUUGAUCAUGGAGAAAAUGAUCAGCUCUUAAAAGGUUUCAAAGGACAAAGAGGAGAUCAUAACAAAACUGAAAAGCCUUCAGAUUCUUGUAGCAGAGAAGAAAAAGAUCAGAACCACAGUACUGAAGAACCAAAUGUUUCACUUAUUGAUGGCGUGGUGCAUAAUAAUAGCUGCAGAGCAGAAAAACAAAAGUUUUCAGAUACUGUGUGUGAAGUAGAUAAGGAUCGAGACAAUAGAACUGAAAAAACUAAAUCAUCAAAUGCUGGCAGCGAAGGGAAAAAAGACCAGGACUACAGAACUGUGAAACAGUCUUCACAUGGGCGUACUGAAGAAAAGGAUCAUGAGGAUGGAAAUGAACUGGAAUGUUCAUCAUCUGGUAAUGACCAAGGAGGAAAACCAUGCAGGUUAGUUGAAAAGCAACAGACUUCAGAUAAGGAAAAAAGUAUUUCAGUUUCCCCACAAGAUUUCUUUUGUGCACCCUCACGUAGUAAGGAUAAAAGUGAACAUCAUGGAAAAGACCUUGAAAAGCUAAGAUGUAGUGUUCCUGGUUCAGAUAUAAAGUCUGUACAGGAAAGUGAAACUGUGACUGAAGAGAAAGAAGGAGAGCUGGAAAAUGUAGUACACUGUGAUACACAGUUUGUGACAGACUCUGUAACUUCUGACAACAGUAGUUCUCCUUCAGCUAGGGAUAGGCUGAACAGUGCUGAAAAUGAAAAGUCUGUUGCUAGUGGGAAGGUGAUGAAUUCAUCUCUGUCGCAAAGGACUUCUGCUUCAGAUAAUUUAUUUGAAAGAAUAGGCUCAGACAUUUUGGCUGCUUUUAGUAACUCUGUACAUAGACCGUCAAGUAAGUUACCUGAGAAAACCAAACAGCUUGUUUUGAAUACAGAAGUCGUGGAGACAUUGGAACAACCAGAUGUGCCCGUGCCUCAUGAUAAGGACAAAAGACAAGGUGAGGUUCAGCUGCUUAGGUUGUACGAUACUUGUGGCACUGAAGCACUGGACUGUCUGGACAGUCUUUACGCUACUGACAGAAAUGGAAAAUAUACUUGCAAAAAAUGCACAAAACGAUUCAAAGGUCUGAAGAUCAUCCACUGCCAUGUUUUAUGGUGUGUAGGAGGAAUUGCAAUAGCUUUGUGCCCACACUGCCUCUACAAAGAUGCACAUCCAAAACUUAUUACAAACCACAUAAAAAAGAUGCACCCUGGGGAAGAUGCCGAGGAAAAGCUUUUCCAUCAGGUUGACUGGCCCUACUUGUCCAAUACUCUUCAAAGUCAGAAACUGAACAUUGAUAAUUUUCGAAAUAUUUGCAAACCCUUCACUGCUGUCAAUGUUCAUGCGGAGAAAGCUCAGGAAGAACAUGUUGAGAUGCUGUGUUCUGAGUCGCAGGAGAGUGAUGAAAAAAGAGGUCAAGCUCAAGUAUGUGUGGAAAAAGAAUGUGCAGGAGAUAAGACUGACCAGGCAACAGAAAAGCUGUGUCUUGAAGUGAUAGCAGAAAAGAGUACCAGUCACAGUUGUCUGAGUGAAAAACGAAAAGCCUCCGAUCACCUGCACCCUUUGAGCAGUAGUAGUGCUUCCAAACAGAAUAAGGUCUGUGCGAACACAGAGCCAAGCAUUCCUGUGGUGUCGGAGUGUCAGGUUGAAGAAACCAGUUUGUCAUCACAAGUUUUAAAUGAAAACUAUGAUUCCAAUGAAAAGCAAGUUAAUUCUAUGCAUACUUCAGUUGACAAUGUGCCACAGAAUUCACACCAAGACAUUCAAAGUUCAACUGGUUUGAUUGAAAGUCAUUCUUCAAGUAAAAGUACUGUGUUGUUUAUGUGCACUCACUGCACGUACAAAUCAUAUUCUUACACUGUAGCUCAAAGACAUGCAAGGCAUGACCAUGAAGGAACUUUAGCUAAAGUGAAGAAAGUCAGUACUCAAGAACAAAAUAUUGAGGAGUCCAGAGAGCGAUAUAAAUGUCGGCUGUGUCCUGUUGAAUAUGAAAAAUGGGAUGAUAAUGCCAUGCAAAAACACAUAGACGAGAAGCAUAAAUUUUUUGAGUGCAGCUACUGUAAAUUUCCAUAUUUCAUCUUGAGCCAUUUAUAUAACCAUAUGAAAUUUGCCCACCAAGAUGAUGGAAGCAAGGUGGAUAAACUCUCUCCAUCUUCAGUGUUUGUUGAUGUGUGUGACGCAAAGAGUAAGCCAAUAUUGACCUUGGAAACAGAAGGCUUGUUAGUGCAAAAGGGUCAAAAGAGAAAUAUGAACCAAAAUGAAACAGAUGCUGUUGGUAUCAAAACUGUGAAACGAAGAUGCCUUAAAAAAUACGUGGGGCUGAAGAAAGGCAAAUUUCCGAGUAAAGAACUGACCUUCAUGGGCAAUAAACUGCCUUCUGAAAGUGAAAAUGAAAUAUGCAUUGAUUUAACAACUGACAAAGAUGAUAUCGAAGCUUCCAGUAAGAGUGAAAAACAAAUGACAGAGGUGCCUGUGUCUGAAAUUGUUUGUAAUAUAUGCCAUGCACACUUCAAGUGUUUUAAAACAUUGAAGACCCAUAUGGGCUUGUUGCAUCGUACACUGCCAUUUCAAGGCAUUGGUAGACAGUUGAAUCCUGUUCUCAGCAAGUCUUCUGCUGAUACACCCAUGACUAAUGAGCUACCUGCUGGGACAGCAUCAGAUGAUAAAGACCAGUCAGAGAGCCCUUCAACUCAAAAUGGCAAAAGCUUCAACAAGACUGAAGAGUUUCUUUUGAAUAAUGAACUGGCAGAGAGUGAUGCAUGUGCUAACAUGCCUGUGUCAAGUUUGACAGACCAGACUGAAUCGGAUACCGUUACUGUUUCUCAAGAUACUACUCAUGUACCAGCACACAGCCCACCUACCCGCUACAGCUGCCAUUUGUGUGAUGCCAUCCUGAGUACAGAAUUCUUCUUCAGACUGCACCUGGCCAAACACGGAGGGUUCUCCAAACUGUCUGUUCUCACUUCGACUGAUGGAUUACUAUUGUGCUCUAAAUGUGGCUACAUUGCAGUCAGUAUGAAUGAUUUGGCUCAGCAUACUGCUUCACAUAUGGAUGAACGGAGGUAUUUUUGCUCCCUUUGUGGAGCUGAUGCCCAUCAAAAAGCAGGUGUUACAUGCCAUAUUAAGAAAAUGCACAGAGAAGAAGACAAUGCAAUGGUGAAAGACAGGAAAAAACAAAAAGAGUCUGUAGAUCUGAAACCAAAAUUAGUUUGUUUUGACCCCAUGGUCUGUAUUGUUGACCCCUUCAAGCAGACUCCAGAAGACUUGAGAAACCUGCUCUCAAGAAAUGGCAUAACACUCUUGGAUAGUGUUGUAGAUGAACACUCAAAUAUUCUUGACUUUGUAAAAGAUGAUGAAUUGUUUGAGGUCACUAUAAAGCCUUUUUAGCAUUAGACGUGUAUUCCUUGUUUGUUAAUGCUGGCAAAAGAAAACAUUUUUAUGUUGCUAUUCAGUGCUCCAUAAAACAUGUGCUAGCAUUAUAAUUGACCCACAUUUGUGUGUUUUAUCAUGCUUUUUAAAGCUCCUUUUUCUGUCAUAUCGGGGUGUUUACAAGUGUCAUAUUGUUGCCGGGCUUAUAUGCAGCCAUACUUCACCAAAGUCUUGUCAAUUUGCCUUUUUUUAUUUUGAGCUGCCUUAUUAAAAUCCAAUUUAUUGUAUUCUGCAAUAAUACUAAUACUACCAGUACUGAUUGUAUUAUACACACAUAGUAUUACAAAUAAACUUGCAUAAUAAUUGUCUUUUGUACUUGACCUUGAAAUACAUGAUUUGUGUGGAGGACAGGGAGUGAUUGUUCAUCUAUGUUUUGUUGAGAACAAGCACUAGUGCAGUACUGGUUAAAUCUUUUAGUGACGAAAGUAAGAAUGAUAAGUUUCGGUGGGAUUUUUUGGGGGUAAUUUUUUCUUCAUGUGACUCCGGACAUCCUCACAAAUGCAAACAUCUGUGAAAGCACCUUCAAGUUGCCAGUAGAGAGUUAUUAGCUCUGACCAUACAGCUUCUCUGUGUCAGGCUUGUAUUGGACCUCCGCAAGAUGUUCUAUAGUCAUGUUAUGGACUUUCCUCAAACAUGUGUUCUGUAGUAGUCAUUAACUUCCACCAACAGAUGUUCUGUACUCCUUAACUUCCGCCAACAAAUGUUAUGUACUCAUGGACUUCCACCAACAGAUGUUGCUGUACUUAUGUUGUGUUCGCAAGUCUCUGACUGGCCAGUCCUUAGCUUCGUUUACUUAUUAAGCGUCUGCAUGCAUCCAGCCUGUUGUUAUGACCUAGUUUCAGUUGUUGAGCUUUUUUGUAUAGCACUGUGUAUGUUGUCUGUUACAUUCUUGUAUCUUUCUUUGCGGCUUCCUGAAUUAAUAACUUAAUAAGUUAUACAUUCUAAUUAUAUAGUGCAUAAUUUGCUCAAUGUGUUUCACAAUAAUACAAAAAAA